CGUCAAUCACCUUGACGCACGAUUCAAUAAAUUCAAGUCCCUUUGCGGUGCAUUGCUCAAAUCGGACAUUAUGCCCCAAUAUAAGAAACAUGUCCGCCAUCAACCUGAUUAACGAUAAUAAACCAGACGAACUUCAAAUUCCCGACGACGAUAGAAAAAAUGAAAAUAAAGGCGACGAUUACGAGUCGGAUAUAAUCGACAAAAUACUGGAAAUCCGAUCGAAAAUAGAGAAAAUCGAAGCCGAUAUAAAAUCGAAGAGCUCCGAAGCGCUCAAAGCCGAAUGUAAAAUCAUCGAGGAAACUUUACUUCAAUACAUUAUCAAGCUAGAUAACAUCGAUACGAAAUCUAUUGACAAAGUCAGAGAUUUGAGGAAGAAAACAAUUUUAUACACGCAGGAUUGUUUAAACAUGUUCGAUACGAAAUUACAUUCAUAAAUAAAUUCGCUUUUAAUACAU